AGGAUAUAGCGUUUAGGAAGGUACCACAGCUCAAGAGAAUAGAUGGAACCACCACUACCAACCAUAAGGAACAAGCAGAAGAAUUAUUAGCUAAAUUCUUUCCCCCGCUGCCAGAUGAUAUUGAUGAUGAAGGAUCUAGACCACAGAGAGCACCAAUAGAGAUGCCUGCUAUCACCCUAGAGGAAGCACCAGGAGAAGAUGGCCUGCUGGUAAUAGUUUGGAAGAUGACUUGGCCCGCGGUCAAACAUAGGGUCCUUAAUCUAUUCUCCACGUCCCUGGAAGAGGGCACAUUACCAAGUCAGUGGAGACAUGCAAAGAUCAUACCACUCAAAAAGCCGAAUAAGAAGGACUACACGAUU